UCAUUGCCAAAUAACGUGCGAGAGUUUUAGUUUUUUGGACCAUGCGUAGUUCAUUACUACAUUCCUUCUCUUUCGUUGACGUUCCUUCUGUUAAUUGUCAGAGUUAACCAUAACAUAGCAAAGAUCUUACAAGUUUCGACGGAGCGUGGUAGUGUGCCGAAGUGUAUGUGCAAAAAGUGACGGAACGCGUUUUAAACAGUCACAUGUACCAUAAAUACGAAGAUGCUAAAAUUUGGAAGCAAAAGUGACAUUAAUGUUAGUUAUAAAUGUACAGUGCGCUUACUGGAGGACACCGAGAUCGUGGAAUGCGAAUUUCAGGUAACAGCAGAGCUUAAUAGCGUAGACUAUGGAUAGGGUUCCACUCAGCAGAGAGACUGUGGAGGCGAUAAAGACGAAGCGGCAGCUGGAGAGGGCGUGGGAGGAGUACGGAGACCCGGAGGACAAGCGAGCGUUGAACAGGCAGAAGAGGCUGGUGAGUCGGCUGGUGGCCGAGGACCGCGGGGCGCACAUGCAGGCGCUCGAGGAUGAGCGGCGCGAAGCGGCCGCCAGGAGGGCCAAAGCCGACGGGAUCCGCAAGAUGGUGGCCCGCACCGACGACGACACGCUGUGCGAGUUCGCCGACACCAUGUACGGCGUCGUCCAGAUGAUGAAGUCCCUCGCCGUCGGCAGCAAGAGGCAGCUCGGCGGAGGUGGAGGCGUCCGGGCCAUACAGUGGUGACAGACAGUCUCUGUCUGGUCUUUGGCAGAA